CCUCUCUCCUCGGCUCGUCUCUUGCAUCAACAAUAACAUUGUUAUUUCCCCGAGCUAAACCGGCGUAUUUACAGUAUUUACGCAAGUAUGGUGAUUCGAUUGUGCCGAGUGGAGUUCCGGAGGAGGAUAUUGUAAACCGUUCCUGGGCGAUGCACGGUAAAAGAUGUUCUGCUCGGCGCACGGGGAAAACACACGUAAAUGCUUCCAGUGGGGGCCGGCACCAGCCUCGCCGGAGACUCGCCACACGCCAGCAGCGUUCAACCGUCUCGGCAGCAUCCUCACCAACAACACCAGCUACUGCUGGCCCUGGCGGUGUCAUCAGCACCAGCAACAGCUGCGACAGCGGGAGCGAUGAAGACGAAUCAUCGUCCUCGUCAUUGUCAGCAUCGACAGAUGGACCAAUAGCCGUUGGUAAUAAAAAACACUGCAUCGUCAACGGCCCGGCAAAAGAAGACGGCAAUGCCAUGCAGACUAAGCUCGACUGGAAGCUCGUCUCCCUGUACACGCUUCUCGUCCUUCAGGUCCUCGUGGUCGUCCUCUACGUCGCGUCCAUGCCCCACGUAUCCGACCUGAGCAACGGGCCCGUCGCUCUUAGGAACACGAUCAGUUUUGUUCACAACGACAGAGAUCCUCCGGAGGUUCACUACGACGAGGGUCAAGCGGCCGAGAGAUGGCACGCAAUCGGCACGGAGACGACGCUCCGCGAGACAAAGACCUUCCGGCUCUUCCAGGCCUACAAUCAGAUCCUCUGCUGGCGCUCGGGGGUCGACGAUCGCAGAAUGAGGCGCGACCUCGUGGACGCGGGCGGCGGCACCGUUGACCGGUGCGCCUGUCUUCCCGGCUGGCAUGGCUCCGACUGCGGCCAGCCCGAGGUCGUCUGGCGCGCCAUCAUGGCUUCCAAGCAAAACGUUCAGCUGACCAGGCGCAAACUCACCCGCAGACUUGUGCACACGUUCUACGUGCACGACUACAACGCGGCCAUCACCGAGGUCAUCGUCGAGGAACUCUAUCCGGUGGUCGAUCUCUUCGUCGUGUGCGACUUUAGCCUCGCCGAGGACAAUUUUCGCCACAGGUUGGCAAAGGGCUUCCUUGGCAAGCAGCAGGACAAGAUCCUCUACCUGAACGUGGCCUCGAAGGCGAAAAAGCCGGCCGGUGUGAUAUCAAAGUACGUGUGGGAGCAGGUGAGACAGGUAGUUAAAAAUUUACGCGACGACGACAUAUGCGUGACGACGGACGCCGAGCAGAUACUGAACGGGCGGGCCCUCAUGUUCCUCAAAACGUACGACGGGUGGCCCCAGCCAAUCGGUUUUCGGCUGCGCUGGUCCGUCUUUGGCUUCUUCUGGCAGCACCCGAGCCGCACGCGCAUCAGCCUCGGUGCCUCGAGCCUCGGUCUCGUUCGUGAUUCCUACUAUCGCCUCGUCGACGAUAAUCGUGACAGUGACAAUGGCGGCGACAGCAACUACUCGCCGAUGCUCCCGGAGCGCGAGGAGCCGAUCGCGAGCAACGAGGUGCUUGCUGAACAGCAGAGGGACAGCAUUGGGCUUGUGAUCGGCGAUCUCAAUCACUACGGCGGCUGGUACUGUCAGUUCUGCCAGGGCCCGGGCAACAUCAUAGCCGCCCUGCGCGAGAAGAACAGGACGAAGGAGGUGGUGCUGCUACAACAGUUGCUGGCCGGGCGCAACGUCGACGUGCCCUUUAUCGAGGAUCUCAUCGGGAGCGGCACCUGGUUCGACGAGAAGACGAGCCUGUUGAGAGCUUAUAGGUCCAGGGACGCUUACUAUGCGCCUGAGACUGUGCUCAACAACACGUGGAAGUACGACUGGCUGGUCGAGAAUUUUUACGCCAAGCUGGAUUACUAUUGAAUUCACGGCGACGACGAUGAUGUUGUUGUGACGAUGUUACUGAUGUACUGGUGUUCAUACGAUUGACGGCGCUUUUUUUU